AUGACUGAAGAAGCACAACAAAACCCAGAACAAACCGAGCAAAAAACAGAGCAAACAGUAACUGUAGAAGAAAUUACAGAAGGUUUAUUCUCAGAAUCAACAAUUGAUGCCUUCGAACUCAAUCCAAGAUUAAUUUCUGCUCUUAAGAAGAUGAAAAUCGACAAAUUCACAAAUAUUCAGACAGAGUCAAUCCCACCAAUCAUUUCUGGCAGUGAUGUACUUAUGCGUGCCGAUACAGGUUCCGGAAAAACACUUGCAUAUUUACUUCCAAUCAUGCAUAGGCUUGCAACAGACUUUCCAAGAGAUACAAACCCGAUUAGAAGAGAUAUGGGAUGCCUUGCUAUUGUCAUUGCGCCAACAAGAGAACUUUGUCUCCAAAUUGAAACCGUUGUUCAGGAUCUUCGUUCUCAAAUGAACUUUGUUAUCAGUGGUUCAUUACUUGGUGGUGAAAAAGUCCAAUCAGAGAAGAAGCGCCUUAGAAAAGGAAUCAAUCUUUUGAUAGCAACUCCAGGAAGACUUUUAUACCAUCUUCAGAACUCGCAAAACCUCUACGUUAACAAUCUUAAGUUCUUAGUACUCGAUGAAGCCGACAGACUCCUUGAUAUGGGCUUCGGAAAGAAAGUUGCCGAAAUUAUCGAAAUAAUUAACCAAGCACAAAACAAAGUCGACGACAAUCCUGUUCACCAAACCAUUCUCGUAUCAGCUACAUUACCAAAAGAGCUUCAUUCCCUUACUGAAAUUGCUUUAUAUAAACCAACCGAAGUUGGUAUCAUGCAAGACGAGAAAUUCUCUAUUCCUCAAACAUUACUACAGCGAUUCGUUACAGUUGAUGCCAAAUGGCGUCUUGUUGCCCUUGCAACAUUACUAAAACGAUAUAUGAUUGAAGAACCAGAGACAAAAGCCAUUGUUUUCCUCAGCUGCUGCAAGUCCGUUGAUUUCCAUGCCUCAUUCUUCUCAUUCUUCAACUUCAUGACACCAGAAGAAAGAGCACAAAAAAAAAUUCCACAAAGAAACUACAAAGGACCAAAUCCCAAUGCCGAAGAGAACAAACCAACCAUCAGAGAUACACAUGCAAGCACAGAUAACGAUGAAGUCGGUGCUUUCUCCCAAUUUUUCAAUUGCCCAGUCUUCAGAAUCCACGGAAACGUUGAUCAGAUCGAAAGAUCAAAGACAAUUUCAAAGUUCACAGCUGCAAAGAGUGCAAUUAUGUUUUGUACAGAUGUUGCAGCUCGUGGUCUUGAUAUUCCUAACAUUUCUGUAAUCAUUCAAUACGAUCCACCAGUUGACACAGAAGAUUAUGUACAUAGAGUUGGCCGUACAGCAAGAAUUGGACAUGACGGAAUCUCUUAUUUGUUCCUUCAGCAAAAUGAGCUUGGUUUCAUCGAUCUUUUGAGAGAUAGAAAGGUCCAAAUCAAGCCAUACAAGUACGAAGAGUUGCAAAGGAAAGGCGUUGCAGCAAUGUUAGGUGAUAAUCCAAAUUUGUGUUUCGCUGCUAUGAGAAAAGAAACAUUUGAGUGUGUAAAGACAAAUGAUUUAGAGAUGGCGGCUGGACAAGCAUGGGCUGCUUCUAUUGCUGCUUACACUUCGCACCAUAAAACAACGAGGUCUAUUUUCAGAGCACAGGCAUUACACCUCGGACACUUGGCAACAGCAUUUGGACUUGAGAAAACACCAGCAGAGAUCAAGGAAAUGCUGCAUGAGGAUCGCGAUCUUCAGGAAAGCAUCAACAAACCAACAGAGAAGAAGGAGAUGCUUCCUGCAUUCGAAGAACGUACUUCUGAAUUCUUAUAA